CAACAACAGCAACAGCAGCAGCAGAGACGAAAGCAGCACAGACAAAAGCAGCAACACAUAGUAACAACUAUGUCUAAUAAUAAUAUUGAGCAAAUACAUGUCAAUUCUGCUUCUACGGGGCUUUUCCCUAAUGGGUCCAAUAAUACUAUGACAACUCCUAUACCUACUAUCACUACACCCACAAGCCCUGUUCAUAAUCGUGUUCCAUUAGUAUUUGCUUCUCAUGAGUCUCAUACUUCAUCUAAUGUGAUGCUUGAAACUAAUAUAACACCUAUUGUUCGAAGCGCUCUACUUGAAGAAUUUCGAAAUAAUAAAUCAAGGAAAUUUGGAUUAAAGGAUAUUGUAAAUCAUGUAGUUGAAUUUAGUGGUGAUCAGCAUGGAAGUCGUUUCAUUCAACAAAAACUUGAAACAGCAACAAGUGAAGAGAAACAGUUUAUAUUCAACGAAAUCCUCCCUAAUUGUCUUCAAUUAAUAACGGAUGUCUUUGGGAAUUAUGUAAUUCAAAAAAUAUUUGAACAUGGGAAUCAAACACAAAAGACUAUUUUGGCGAAACAAAUGGAAGGCCAUAUAUUAACUUUAUCCUUACAAAUGUAUGGCUGCCGUGUUGUUCAAAAGGCACUUGAACAUGUUUUGACUGACCAACAGUCAGUAUUAAUUCGUGAAUUAGAUGGUUGUGUACUAAAAUGUGUAAAAGAUCAAAAUGGUAAUCAUGUCGUUCAGAAAGCAAUUGAACGUAUCCCAUCCCAUUAUAUUCAGUUUAUUAUUGAUACCUUUUAUGGUCAAGUGUAUCAUCUGGCUACACAUCCUUAUGGAUGUCGUGUCAUUCAAAGGAUGUUUGAACAUUGUCCUGAGGAACAAACGGCUUAUUUAUUAGAAGAGUUGCAUAAAAGUACGAAUCAAUUAAUACAAGAUCAAUAUGGAAAUUAUGUUAUUCAACAUAUUUUAGAGCAUGGAAAACAAAAAGACAGGGCCUUAAUUAUUAGUAAAGUAAAAGGGCACACUCUACAAUUGAGUAAACAUAAGUUUGCAAGUAAUGUAGUAGAGAAGUGUGUUGCUCAUGGUUCAUUAGAAGAUCGACAAGCUUUAAUUGAAGAAGUUUUAUCCAUUCGUCCAGAUGGAUCAUAUCCAUUAAUGUCAAUGAUGAAGGAUCAAUACGCUAAUUAUGUCGUUCAAAAGAUGCUUGACGUUGUAGAUGACGACCAACGCGAGCUUUUAAUUGCCAAGAUUAAACCUCAUCUUCAAGGCCUAAAAAAAUAUACAUAUGGCAAACAUCUUAUUAAUAAAGUAGAAAAGCAAGUAUUAUUUAUACCUAAUGAUAACACCAUCAUGACAGCUACCUCCACUAUUACAAAGUCUUUAUCUUCGUCAAAUAAUAUACAUUAAUUACAGUUAACUUAAAAAAAAAAAAAAAAAACUCCUUUCCAUGCUUUAACUAACUCAUUUCAUCGUACAUAAUAGUUUAUAUACAUUUAUAUUGUAAUAUCAUUUUCUAUCUUUCUUUUUCGUUUAAUUUUUGGUAUAAAUAAAAAUAUGACUAUGCCAC